UUUUCCGACACGACUUCGCUCGUCAAUCUAGUACAGUCGCUCGUGCAAAAUCGUCGGUUUUUGAUUUAAAAUAUUUUUUUCUUUCAUACCUACUAAUAUUUUAAACUUAUAACGAUGAAAUAGUGCAGUUUAUUAUUUGAUUAUUUAUGUGUACAAGUGAUAUUGUGUUUUUUUGUUGUGCAGCUAUCCAAAAAUAAUAUCAUACAGCGGAAAUCAUCAUGGACAAUUUAAAUAGCAUGGUAAUUUUGUGCCUGGUUCAAUUUACACUGAGCGAAGACAGAAUAUCCGUGGACACAGUAGGUACAAUAACGGCGACUGCGGGUUACUCCAUAACAGAUAAUAUCUCUCCGUCCAUUAAAAGUCUGACUUCGAGCAUAGAAUUUUCUGGUGACCACGAUUCUUCUAAAGACACGUCUUCAUCAAGUGAAGGUUAUACGUCAUUAACGCCUGGUCACCGAAACUCUCAAAGCUUGUUGUUGCGAUCCAGACAAGCUAGGGGGAAAUCGCCUAGCCAGCCAUGGAGCACUGAAGAAAAAGACAUUGGUAUCCCAUCUUUUUCAUUGACUGAUCACCGAGUGAAUGAACAAUUAUAUAGUGUUAAACCUCAAACGUUUGACAAUCAAUCACCACAGUUAUCCGACAUAAAGAGUAAUGAAAGUGUAGAGAAGUCUGCAGUAGUGCCAUCAAUUACAUAUGGAAAAAAGAUGCACAAAAACGACGGUCACGACGAUCGACCGGUUUUCAAUGAUUGGUCCGAAGAAGUACACAUGUCAUUUGACAACAAUAAACCAAUUAGAUCACGUCGGAAGAAUAAACACCAACUGGACAGUGAACAGGAAAAAAGAAAAACGCAGAACAAAAAAUUAACAGGAGACAAUAAUGACAAUAAGAAUGGCUGGCAUGAAUUAAGUCCCAAUAUGGAAAUCGCCACUGGCAUUAUUACAUCUGUACAAGAGAAUGAUUCUUCACAAGAAUCAUCUGGUAGUUCGGAAUUGUUUAAGGCCCAUCAUCAUCCGGACCUAUACAAUGCGGACAGUAUUUCCAGCGUGGAGGACGCGGGGCACCAGGCUGAACCACAGAACUUCAACCACAAGCAGGUGCUGUCAAAAAUGAAUCAUUUCGACUUCAGCAACGCCGUGUCGCAGGCCAACAAGACGCCUGUGCCCAGGGAGAAGCGGUUGAACUACUUGCAGCCAGGUGGAGGUGGUAUCCCGGCAGCCAGAUAUCCAUAUAGCGGCGGUGGGCCUUUGCAACAGUCUCAGGUGCAGGCUGUCGGACCCUCUGCGCAGCCACACUCCGCCGCAGCCGCAAACACCGUGGCCGGCGCUAAGUCCGUGAAAAUCGAACAACCGUCGGCGACGCCUAACUACCACAGCAUAGUGGUGCCCAUACCGAUCUCGCACCAGAUGUACGCGGCCAUCGGUGGUGACCCAUCUUCCCCUGUGCACGGCCACCAGUUGGCCAGUAGUACUGUACAGCAGGCGAUGAUGUCGUUGCCGGUCGUGCACAACGUGUUCUUCAAGACGGACGAGAACGGCGGUGGCAAGACUAUGCCGGCCAUCGUGAUACCGCUAAAACCGGAAUACCUUCAUCAAUUGCAGCAACAGCACUACGCGCACAUGCAACAGCAACAGUCGGCAGUGGACGACUCGCUGAACGCUGCCGGACACCAGCGUCCGGUGCACCAAGGGGCCGGCAAAACGUUGCAGUUCCAACAACUUCAUCAGCAGCAGCUGCAGCAACUGCAGCAGCAACAGCAACAGCCGUCGGCUUCCCCAUCGUCGUUAACGCCUUCGCCGUACGCGCAAAAACCAAAAACGGCCAAAGUCAAAAAACCGUUCGGUCUGAUGAAGGACAACGACCUGCAACACCGCGUCAAGCAGCCGUUUGGCCUGCAACACCAGUUUUACAACAACCCGUUGGUUGGUGGAGGGGGAGGCGUCGGGCACGUACAGCUGCACCACGCCGGCCACCAGCAGCAUAACGGUGGCAUCGGCGGUGGCCACCAACAUCCACAACACGAUGCGGCCGAUGACUCUCGAUACGCACAGACGGCCACCGCGCCAGCACCGGUACCCAUCCACGCGUAUUCAGGUACUGGCCAUCCGAUCGUCGUCAAGCGGCCACACGCUUACGGUUACGUAUCACCCGCGUCCCCGGCAUCGACCAAGUACGCGCAGGCCGUAAACAAAUCACCACCACUGCACCAUCAUAACCACAACAAUCAUCACCACCACCAUCAACAGCAACAGCAGCAGCCGUCCACCGAGGAAUUAGCCACCGCUAUCGCGCAACAGCAACUGAUACAGCAGCAACAGCAGCAGCAGCAGCAGCCGUACAAGGCGACCACGUACCAUCCGGGUUUCGCGUACCUUAACGGCCCGGAUGAUGAUUACCCGUACAAGCCCAUUUACAAGGACAUGAACAAACGCAACGACGUGCUGGUCGUCCGGACCGCUGAUGGUCGAAAGUGAUGGAUCAUUUACCGGGAUCGUGAUUUUACACCAAAACUUAUUACCUAAAGAUUAUUCUAUUUUAGAUGCUGUAAUAGUAUAGUUAUUAUACACGUAUAUGUGGACAGACACGUAUAGGCACCCAGAUGGGAGGGGUUAACCCGUGACAUUUUUUAAAUAUUUUGAUGGCAUUUAUUUCCUUUUGCAGAUUAUAAUAAGACACAACACGCGGGGUUUACAUAAUAUUAUAUUAUUAUAAUUACAGAAAUAACCCUCCCACGUAAAUAUAUUUUUCUCGUGUGCGUGUCCGUAUACGCAUAUACCUAUUAUAUUAUAUACGUAUGUCCUAUGUCCUGUAUAAAGACUAAAAUGCAAAGAUAAAAUAACGUAUAUUGUUAUAAUUGUUAUUCUUUCUAUGCGAUAAAUUAUUAUUUAUAAGUAUCUUUAUGUUAUAUUAUAUUAAGCGAAAAAUAUGUUCUUGAGUCGUAUUGUAAUAAUUAGAUUAUAAUAUAUUGUGCGAUUCGCCAUAGUAUUCGCGAACAAUAAAUCGAUAUAUUAUUUUA